ACAGGCAGCUGCUGUUGGUACAGUGAAUUGCUGAUGGUGAUGUGGACGGAAUAACGGUGCUAGGCUCAUCAGCGCUGGGUGGGAAGUGGCGAGAUAAAACCGGGUGUUUUUUUUAUCAUUUUAAUAGCGUAAUUGAAUAUUUCGCUUCUUAAAGGCGUGUUAUAUCUCUUUGCUGUGUUUUGACUCUACGACGAGCAGCGACAACAAGCUAGCGCCGGGCUAAAGGCUAGCUAACGUUAGCUAGCAGCACUCGCGGAUUGAUAACGCUCAGCUGCCGACACUUGCCAGCUUUAUAAAAAGAGGCAAGUUUCCUGGGCGUCAGACAAUAAUGCAGCGGUUAGAUUAGAGGCUGGGUUUCGUCUGAAUGUUAGCGCCUGGCCUGUUAACUUUGUCUACUCCGAAGGGUUUGCAGUCGACUUGAGAUGAUGAGCUAAAUUGAUGCUUUGAUUCCGAGCAACGCAGAUCAAACAACUGCAGAGGAGAUGGGUCAGCUUUGGCGGAGAGACAUCGCCCUCUCAGAGAGGCUGGGGAAUGACUCUCCUGUCGGCUUCGCCCCCGGGCCUCCAGCCACGGUGGCCCCACAACAAGCCAACUCCUCCUGGGUACCAGAAACCCCAGUGGCCACACCAGAAGAGCCGUUUUUCCUCAUGACCUCCACUGCCCAAACUAUAUCGGGCUUUUUCGUUUGGACAGCUCUUCUGAUCACAUGUCACCAGAUCUACAUGCACCUACGUUACUACAGCUCUCCAAAUGAGCAGAGGCACAUAGUCAGGAUCCUCUUCAUAGUCCCCAUCUAUGCCUUCGACUCCUGGCUCAGCCUUCUUUUCUUCACCAAUGAGGAGUAUUACGUGUACUUUGACACAGUCCGAGACUGCUACGAAGCCUUUGUCAUCUACAACUUCCUGAGUCUGUGUUACGAGUAUCUGGGAGGAGAGAGCGCCAUCAUGGCUGAGAUCAGAGGGAAACCUAUCGAGUCAAGCUGUGUGUAUGGGACCUGCUGUCUGUGGGGAAAGACGUACUCCAUUGGUUUCCUCAGGUUUUGCAAACAGGCAACUCUGCAGUUCUGUGUGGUGAAACCUCUGAUGGCAGUGAUCACUGUCAUUCUUCAGGCCUUCGGGAAAUACAGAGAUGGAGACUUUAACGUGGCAAGCGGCUAUCUGUAUGUGACCAUUAUCUACAACAUCUCCGUCAGCCUGUCGCUCUACGCUCUCUUCCUCUUCUACUUCGCCACUCGUGAGCUGCUUGUCCCGUACAACCCUGUGCUCAAGUUCUUCAUGGUCAAGUCAGUCAUCUUCCUCUCCUUCUGGCAAGGGAUGCUGCUGGCCAUCCUGGAGAAGUGCGGAGCCAUCCCUGAGAUCAGCUCGGCUGACUUCUCUGUAGGCGAGGGAACGGUUGCCGCUGGUUACCAGAACUUCAUCAUCUGCAUUGAGAUGUUCUUUGCUGCUGUUGCUUUGCGUCAUGCCUUCACUUACAAGGUCUACAUGGACAAAAGACUGGACUCAUAUGGCUCAUUUCCUAUCUACGGACAGUACGGUCGCUGUGCCCCAAUGAAGAGCAUCUCCAGCAGCCUGAAGGAGACCAUGAACCCAGGAGAUAUGGUCCAGGAUGCCAUCCAUAACUUCUCCCCAGCUUAUCAGCAGUACACCCAGCAGUCCACGCUGGAGCGGAGCGGGGGGCCACCUCUCUCCCGCAGCCACAGUAACCUCAGCACCCGUGGGGACAACGAAAAGACCCUGCUGCUCAGCUCUGAUGACGAGUUCUGAGGCUCAGACACACACUCACUUUACUCCUGUAGCCCAUAUUGAAUUUGUAUCAGCUGUGUGUGAGACAAAUCAGAUCUUUUGUUGCUACUUUGACAUGGAAGAUCAGGUUCUGUUUUCUUUUUUGUUUUUACAUUUAGACAACAAUGGAAAGGUCAGAUUCAUGUCAGACUUAUGAAACUGUGAGAAGAGUGUUUUUACAAGGACAGAGAGGUAAUAAUUGGUAGAGUAGGAACAGAGGUGAAGACGAUGGAGACGUUGUCACACAUGUAGUUUGGGAGAGGAGAAGUCAAGAUGUUUAGACAUUAGGUUUAUUAACCGGUCAAGUUGUCAUUUGUGUUGAUGUCAUAGAGGCCGUUACUGACAGAACUACCAUAUCACAUGGAUACGAAUAACCGUGCCUGCAUAUAGAGUCCUUAUGCUGCACUUUAAACACUACAGCAAAAAAGUAUACAACAGAUAUAAGAUGUAUGCUAGAGCAAAUAAGUGCCAUCUUCAUCUACAACACAUGGCCUCCGUCAUCUUUUAGUUUUUAUACUGAUUCUCAGUCCAAACUCCACCUCACCCCUCUGCCAAUUCUGCCUCUUGCCGAAACAUUGCCAAAUAGAGGGAGUACCCUGUGCUCCUGUCGAUGAGACACACUGUCUUAAGAUUUAGAAUCGAUUUAUAGUCAAGCAAAACUACGGAGCCUUUGAAUUGCCAGGCUUCAUUUUAAUAUAUAAGACUUUAAUCUUUUUUUAUUUAAAUGUCGUAUGACCUUGAAGGUAUAACUCAGUUAAAGAGUAGUUUGUUGGAAAAUUGUUAUUCCAGAAAUGUUAUAAAUAUUCUGUUUUCAUUUUGUUGUGAUGAAGAAGUGACUCAGAAGUGUAAUCGUACGACUCCAGCUGCUGGCCUGACUCGGGCUCCUCGCGUUUUGUUUGUGGAGCAGUGAGGGAACAGCUGUGGGAGGGAUUUUAGCGUGGGCAGGGGGAGACUGACGGAAGGACAACACCCACACAGAUUACAGAUUACUGAAGAAGCAACACUUCCCUGCAGAGCCGGCCCAGCUGUGAUGUGCUGCGGAUUGUAAUCCCAUAAUUAAAGGCAUUACAUGUACCACAGAUCAGCCCUGCCUCUGCUGGUGGUGUUUAUAGUGGCAUCACUGCUGUAGUAGUGGUGAGUUAGUCACGAUGUUGCAGAUAUAUAUGGCCGAGCAAAGGUGUGUCAGUGCAAACAAGGCUUUAAGGGUCCCAUAUUCUGCUUAUUUUCAGGGCCAUACUUUCAUUUGUGGUUUUUACGAAAUGUUUACAUGCUUAAAUGUUCAAACACAAAUCUGUGUUUAUCCUCUGUCUGAAACGCACGCUUUUAGCGCCCGUCUCUUAUAGCUACCCCUCUUGAAAAAGCCCAGUCUGCUCUGAUUGGUCAGCGUUUCCGGGUCUUCCACAUGAGCACCAAGUCCCUAGAAACAGUGCCAGGCUUUUUAGACAAUUUUACAUAGUGGGAAAAAACAUGGAUGUAUAAAGAGAUUUAGAUACAGUGUUUGAGGCAGGCCCCCAUUUAUUUCUAUUAUAGCUGCUCAGCGCUCUGUUUCUGUGGUAUGAAAUUACCCGGAAGCGCACUGGAGACUUUAGGUAGCCAAGCGCAGCUGAGCUAUCUAGAAUGGAGAUGAAAAUGAUUUUGAGAUGUUUUUGGACCAAAUGGAUCAAAUCCCAAUAGUGAAAUGAGCCAUUAUGCGGGGGUUGUGAUGCUCAUUUAUCCGCUGAAUUACAGAUGGCUCUUUCCCAAUGUAAGUCUGUGGGAAAACUUCUUUUUGGGCACAAUGGCAUCACGUGACAGACCCAGACGGUGUAGUUUCACUUUUGACCGCUAUGUAGAAUUGGCUCCAAAGCACAGCACUGUUCCUGUGGGCUUGGACCAUAUGUGGAGUUACGACUUCUAGGUCCAUCGUGUGAUGCUACUGGACCCAAAAAGACUUCUUCCAUAAACUUACAUUGGGAAAAAGACAUCUGUAAAUCCACUGAUACAUUUUUUGGGGUGUCACAGCCCCGUGAAAUGACUGGUUUCACUAUCAGGAUUUGAUCUAUUCAGUUUGAUAACAUUUCAAAAAACAUACAAGAGCCACACAGUUACAUCAUUUUUACCCCCAUUUAAGUAAGUAGAGGGCUAAACCGGAAGUUAGCUGCUCAGCCUUUGAGACUGAGCAACUUAAAUAGGAAUGAACGUGUGCCUGCCUUCAACGCUGUAUCCAGUUCUCUUUAUACUAUCAUGAUAUGUGCUCUCUGCCUUUCUGCAGUGUAAGUGCAGCUAGGGAAUGACUGUUAAUGACACUGUGGCGCAAGGGUCAGCAAAAUUUACUACUUGAAGAGCCAUUUUUGGUCCAAAAAAAAAAGAGUUAGAUCUGUCUUGAGCUGCAAAAUAUAUAUUUGAGCCUUUUAAGAAAAGGUGACACAGCCUUAUUUAGUCUAAAUUAGCUUAUCAACAUUAUAAUAGGUCUAAUUAUUAAAAUAAUGUACCAUUUGGUGGCUACUCUGCAGUAAGAUAUUUAUGAAAGUAAACAAGUCUGUCUAUGCACUAUUAAAUUCAAUAUUUUCCUCCAAGACUUUUACUUUCUGAAACUGGAAUCCACAUCUAGCUUUGCUAAGUAGACAAAAGACAAGCCGCCACUCUUGAUGUUGGGCAAAAUUUAUAAAAGGCCAUAGCCUUGACGGAUCAUUUACAGGCUCAAUGAAUAUGGACUGUGCAUUUCUCUGUGGCUUGAGUGCUUUGAUACUUUCACAGUAUUUGUAUAGCACCUAUACCUGCUUUAUUAUAAAAGCUGACACGUAAAUCUGACCUUUCACAAUAUGGGACCUUUAAGUCAAACUGGACUCACAUCUGGAAAAGAAUACACGGGCAUUAAAAGCUGGUAUGCAAGAUUCAGGGACACACUAUAGCAGUGAUGCACGGUAGAAGAAAAUUCUCAAGUGAGUCAGAACCUUCAGGCCUGCCUGUCAUCCUGUUUCUUAUUACGAGAGUUAAUCGUUCAUACGUUAUCAACUGAUGUUCAAUAUGCGUUUUAGCAGGGGCCAGUAUAGAAGCUGCUUGUGGUCUUGAUCGUAAAUGUUUGAUGGCAGAGCACAGUGACAUAAAAGCUGAGUAGGUCCUUUUGACAGGUGACAUUAGGCCCGAUGCUGCCUCUAAAUGUGCGAUCAUUGUUUUUUCUUAUGAUGAGUCCAAACAGAGUACGGACUGCAGCAAAGCAAGUCCUUGUGAGUAAUGAAUGUAGGCCGGGUGAAAAAUUGACAGCCAAAUUAAUGUGAACCUUAAGAGGACAACUUCAACAUUCAACGGAUUAUUAAAAGUGUUGAAAAGUUGGUUUCCUGCUGUGACUGCUGAUCCCUACUGACCAGCUCCUGCACUCAAAUAUUAACGCAUCAUCUUUGUAUCCGACGUUCCACUGAACCUGCUUCAGUUAAAGGGAAGGCUGAGUGAAUUUGUUCUGUUAUCACUGCCUUUUACUCUGCCCCAGGUUAACAACAUAUCAGACUCAAGCAUCCUGAUUCAAAACACUAUCAAGUGAUAGUUUUGAUACUGCGUGAUUGACAAGCUGGACGUUAAUCACGAAGGUGAAUAUAUUAAAGAAGGAAAUAUUCUCCCAGAGAGGAAGGAAUGCUGUAAAUAAAGUUAAACUGAGCACUGCGAAACAUUCAUGAUGAAGACUGUAAUGGCAUUGCUUGGUAUAGUGCUUUAGUUUAUAAUGUUUUAAUUUUCAUACAUUCUCUUGUUUUAUUUCUGUUGUACACUUUUUAAUUUGUAUAUUGGUAAUAUUAUCUUGCUUUGAUGCUAUAUUGGUUCCUGUUGGUGUUGAAAAGGAAAUUAAAUACAAGUGCAAGCAAAA